AUGUAUGGAGCGACGACAUUGGUCUGUUGGCCAACAUCGCUUGACUGCGUUAGCUGGUCGCAAGACGGCAUUCUCGCGGUGGCAGCCGGCGAGACACUGGAGCUGCUGGUAAUGACAUCACCAGAUCGUGACCGGCAAUGGGAAAACCUGCAUCUGCGUACCAAUCUCUUCAACAACGCCGAGGUUCCAAUCAUCAAUCCUCUUGGCUUCCGGAGCAACUCGAUUGGAGAGGAAAUCUCUACCAGUACUACUGCUCUCAUAGCAUGGUCGCCACCUGGCCUUGCGAAACACCGGAGAUGCGCACUUGCAGUACUAACGACCAACCUUGUAUUAUCUCUUUGGGCGUGCGACUCCAAACCAGGCGUGGCAGCAAGCUGGAAGCGGGCUCUGGUCGUCAACCAUGCUGUAGAAGCUUACUUUGAAGAGCCGGGUGUUGAUGAAAGCUUGUCGGAGCUGGACCGUGAAAGUCGACGCAGAAUGAAGAGACGUAUACGCUCCUUUUGCUGGAGCCCUCAAAUAUAUCCGUCUACGCCUUCAAACAUUGAAGACAGCCAGAUCCCCGUAAACGGCUGUUUCAUUGCGGUGUCUAACGAUGACAAUGACAUUGUGGUCUUGCGGAUACAAUCCCCGUUUGAUUUCUUCAGUCCUGUUGCAAGCGAAUGGUCAGCCCGGGUAGUAGUAUGCUUUUCUGUUCAGCCAAAAAUCUCUUCAAGUCAAAACGCACCGCCCAUCACUCUCUUUAAUGAGCACAUGGAAGAGCAGCGCUUCAUCAGCAACCUUGCUUGGAGUCCUUGGAGCCUGAGCGAAGACGGCACUCCUCAAGCUGUGUUGGCAUACACUACUAAUGAAAAGCUACUCGUACGACGUAUACGCAUCCCAGGGCUUCCUGAAACGUCUGCUAUUGAUUUCGACAAAUCCGAUAUUGUGUUAGAGGAGUCAGUUGGCACAAGAGACAUAAGCCUUCUUCGCUGGGCGCCGAAAAUAUCCGACCAUCUUCUAUAUCUCGUUGCUUUUACUCCGGCGGAAGCACGAUGCUAUGAGAUGAACAUGAAUAACCUCUCAAGUUUCAAGCUUUCUAAUUGCUAUCUAUAUGGUAGAUGGGAUUCCGUUUCAGGGUGUGCAAUUUCCACUGAUGACGCUGGUCAACUUGAAGUCCACUUUGCUCCUCAUCUGUUUGCUAGUAAAUCGACAGUCACAGCUUUAAAAUUACCAAUCCAACCACUAGAGCCGCGAGAGAGCCCACUUUGGCAGAAUAGCAUCCGAGAGAGCGAAACCGUCUUCAGCGCCGAAAACGAGCUUGGAGGGCAUGUAUUACCGAAAACAUGGGGACUGACUUCUUCGCCUAUGGGUGAUUUGAUUGCGUCCGCUCACACUCUGCAUCCCGGCGAUAUGGUGGACUAUACGAUCGCGGCUGCGUCCCGCACUAAUGUGGGUAUACACCAAGUUGAGGACAAUCCUGAAUUCAUCUUACCCCCAAGUGACGUCUGCGCUGAGACUGUGCUGUAUAGCGCAAAGAAAUGGAUGGAGGCUAGUAUUGAGGAUAUUGAUGAAGAAGGCUUAUGCGAAGUUGUCCGCGAACAGUUCUGGAAAGCUUUCGGGCUCUUCAGCAUAGAAGACCAUGAAGGGGAAAGGCAGGAAGUAAGCCCCCCUGAAGCCUCUGCUCGCGAUCCAACCUUGCAUGGUAAACGUAUACUCUCACAAUACAUCAAGCGGCGCGUCGUGUGGGAUCGGGAUUGCCUAAAAGAAAGAUGCGAACGACUCCUUUCCCUUCUUUUCCCUGACCAAGUGGCCAAGCCAAACGCUUUACGGACUAUUUGGGGCCUCGUGAAUGCCGUGGCAAGGAUACCUCCGUCAUACUACAAUGACAGCAAAAGCGGUCAAAAGAUUCACUCCGCGUAUUUGGCUAUGUUGCCACGGCUAAAAAAGUUUGAGUUAGAUGAUCACGACAGCACUGUUGAGAUGGCUGCGGCGAAGCACGUGGAGCAGUGCGAGAUUUGUGACGACAUUAUUGAGUUUGAAGACUUUUUGUGGGCAAGAUGCGUUCAAGGCCACCAAUUCGUCCGCUGCGCGUUGACAUUCCUCGCUAUCCAAGCCCCCGGUAUCUCCAAAUUCUGUGGUGUCUGUGGCAGGCAGUAUCUGGACGAGCAACACAUAGCUCGGAAUGAUAAGCUGCCGGAGCUUUCUUCACCAGCGCCCUCACAACAACAUGCCCAAGACAUUGAGAUGCCCGAUGCAUCCGCGGGCUCCAAAGGUGAGAUUGAUAUGGACCAUGUAUGUUGA